AUGGCUUCAACUGCAUGCUUCUUGAACCCCAAUGUACUCUCGACAAGUACCAGAUCAUCUCAACGUCAUGCGCCGUCCCUCAAGCCUAGCCAAUUAGUUUGCCGUGCCCAAAAACAGGAUGAUGACAACAAUGCUUUGCCUCUCUCUCGUAGAUUGGCUCUCACUGUUCUAAUUGGUGCUGCUGCUAUAGGCUCCAAGGUUUCACCUGCCGAUGCAGCCUACGGCCAAGCUGCUAACAUUUUUGGGAAGCCAAAGGAAAACACAGAUUUCUUGCCCUAUGAUGGAGAGGGAUUCAAGUUGUCAAUUCCCUCAAAGUGGAAUCCAAGCAAAGAAAGAGAGUUUCCUGGUCAGGUUCUGAGGUAUGAGGACAAUUUUGAUGCCACCAGCAAUGUAUCUGUUAUGGUCACCUCUACCGACAAGAAAUCUAUCACUGACUAUGGUUCUCCUGAAGACUUCAUCUCCAAGGUGGACUAUCUCCUAGGAAAACAAGCCUACUUCGGAAAAACUGAUUCAGAGGGUGGAUUUGAUGCCAAUGCUGUGGCAAGUGCAAACAUACUGGAGACAGACACUCCAGUUAUUGGUGGAAAACAGUACUAUUUCAUAUCCGUGUUGACAAGGACGGCUGAUGGAGAAGAGGGCGGCAAACACCAACUGAUCACAGCCACUGUGUCUGAUGGGAAGCUUUACAUUUGCAAGGCUCAAGCUGGAGACAAGAGAUGGUUCAAAGGUGCAAGGAAAUUUGUGGAGAGCACAGCAAGUUCAUUCAGUGUUGCUUGA